AUGUGUCCCCAAAGCCCAGGCAGUAUUGAAGCUGUGGUAGAGCUUAGUAGGGAGCUGGGAAAGAGUGAAAAAGUGGAAUCCUACAGACAAGCCAGCCAGUCUUUCCACUCCAGCAUGGACGGAUCAGCCGCCACCACCUCAGCCUCCAAUCAAGCCAGUCGUCCCGUUCUUUUAUGGGAAAUUAAAGUUUAUGCCAAAUCCAAAUUUAAAAAGAAACCUUGCCCUCCAUCAGCUGUUCGUCCAAAGGUGAAGCCUAAGCAGCUUGUCAUAUUUCCGGUUAAUUAUGCUAAUAAAUUAUUAAAUUAUGAAGCCCAUAAAGAGAUCAUUUGUCCUUUUGACCUAUUUGUGCUUUCAUAUAUAUUGUAUUGCAUCCUGUCUGGCUCCGUGAGUAGGCCAGGAGCCAUCGUAAAAUAG